UGGUGGAUGGUGGGUUAGAAUUUUUGAGAUUUUAGCGAAUUCAGUGAAAUGUGAAUGGAAGAAAAUGUUUUUGUGUUGCUCUUUUGUGUUAUUUAAGUGAAUUCGUGUUGUGUUUUUGUUGUCAUUGUUUAUUUUCCUCAAGAAGCUAAGAUGCGCCGCAGGCGAGCCGCCAAAAGUCUGCCCUCGGAUAGCAGCGACGAUGACACCCCCUUAUCUAAAGUCAAAAAGUCACCUCCGAAAAAAGCCAAACCAGCCAGUGAUGAAUCGUCCAGUGAAAGCGAUAUCGAAAACUACUUGCAACCAGUCGAUAAACUCGACCUAGACUCGCCCUUUUUCACCGUUCAAAAAGACAAUCCCUCAUUUGAAAAACUCGAAAACGAAAUCCUUGACGGAGUCGAGACAAAAACGCUCAGCGACUCUGAGAGCAACGAGGAUUCAACUCCACUAGAAGCAGCCACUCAGCCUUCAACUUCCAAACUGAAUUUCAGUCAACUCCACAAUUACACCAAAAAGUUGGAAGAGGCGAAGCGGCACAUUGAGGAGUACAACGCGAAAAAACAAGCGAAAGAAAACGAAUUGAACAUUGAGAACUUGCUGGCAGCUGGUGAAGCAAAUUUGAAGUCUUUGAGCGAUGAGAAUCGCGCCGAAAUUGAAGCUGCUUUGCAUUCCAGUGAUUUUGAGUCGUGUUCUGAUUCAGAAAAGGAAGGUUGGGAGGAUGUGACUGAACAGAAGGAACAGAAAGAGAAAGGGAAGGGUGCGAUGCCCAAAGAAGGGCUUGAAAUCACAGUAGAGAUGCCUGGGGCUGUUAAAAAGAAGAAAGGAGUUGAUUUAAUGGCGGCUAUCAAGCGACGAAUCAAUCGAGUGCGAAAGGAAAACCAGGUUUUGGUCCAUAAAGUGCAUUUGUUGUGUUGGAUUGCGCACGGAAAUUAUAUCAAUACUAAAAUUAACUCAGAAAAUGUCUUAUCGGCCGCACUCUCACUAAUUCCAUCACAGAAUUGCUUCCCAGCCGAUCGUACAGAUUUAAACUAUCUAACCCAGAUUUUGAAUUGGUUUAGAAAUGCUGUAGAAAUUGUGGAGAAACCAGUGGUAACGGAAAAACCUCUAGAUGAAGUACUGGCAGAACAAAUGUCGAAAAAAACAGCAUACAGUAAGAAAAUGUUGGUUUUGAUCUUUGUGGCCGUUCUGCGGUCUUUGGGGAUCCAGUGUCGUUUGCUUUUGUCGUUUCAAGUCGAGCCCUUAAGGCCCCCAAACAGCGAACUGCAUUCACUUAGUACCAAAGCGCCAACAAGUAGCAAGAAAAACGCCAAUACUCCGUCAAAAACCCCAGCUGGGGCUAAAACAGGCGAAGAAUCGAAUCUCAAAAAACCUAAAACCAUUGCUUUAAAAGCUAAAGCAGGUGAAAAAUCGAACCCUGAAGCCAAAAAGCCUCAGACCAGCGUUCGAUCUAAAAGUACAAGUAAUGAUUCAAAAGCUAAAGCAUCGGAUCUCGAAACCAAAAAAUCUAUAACUAAUGCUCGAUCCAAGAACGCAAAUGACAAAUCUGAGGGAGGAAAAAAAGCGCCUAAAGCGACUCUAGAAGUGAAAAACCCCAAACCUAACACCCGAUCAAAAAGUUCAAGUGGAAUAAAAUCGGAGGAAACCGACAAAAGUCGCAAAACCAACACUCGAUCAAGAAGUACAAGUGAUGUUUCUAAGCGUGAAACCGCAAAAAAUACCAAAUCUAAAGCCGAAAAUAAACCAAAAACAACCACCAGUCGCACAGACACAGCUAACAAGAGGCAUACAAGGAGUCAGAAACUAACAAUACCUCAAGUAGACGGUGCUAACGAUAGUGGCACACCACCUAAACCAAAUUUGAAAAAGCUGACUCAAAAACCAGCUGAACCUUUAAAAGCACUACCUAAACGGGCGAAGCCUCUGCCAAAGUAUCGUGGUUCCGAUUCGGAAGAUGACUUUAAACAAACCGAAAGUACAUCUCCCACGAAAGACACACCCAAAAUCAAUGGCGCCAAUCUAAAGAAACUUAAAAACCACGUACCCAAAGCCCUGGAUGUCCGUAAAGACAUUAUACAAAUUGUUAAAAAGAGCAUAAAGGAGCAGAAGGAUUUGACCCGUUCCAGAACGGUCCGAAAACGUAAAAGCGCCGUUGGUGAUAGUGACAGUGACUAUGCCCCUGAAACUAUCAAGAAAAAACAUCACGACAGCGAGGAUGAGUUUACACCAAAAGUUAAAGUAAAACGGCGAGUUCAAGUGAGGCCUGAAGAAGACAGUAACGUUAAAAAGAAGCAAGGGCUGGACGUUUGGUGCGAAGCGUUCAUGGAAGUGGAGGAGAAGUGGAUCAGUGUUGACGUUGUCAAAGGGCAGAUCCACUGCGUUAAAGAACUAUAUACACGAGCGUCCCAUCCAAUAUCAUACAUAAUUGCUUGGAAUAACGACAACAGGCUCAAAGAUGUGACUAAGAGAUACUGUACUAAUUUUAACACCGUUACGAGAAAACUCAGGAUUGAUUCUAAGUGGUGGGAAGCCACCCUGAGGCCUUUCACGGGGUCUCAGACAGUUAGAGAUAGGGAAGAAGAUGACGAGUUGGAGCGCCAACAGUUGGAGAAACCUCUACCAACCUCAAUCGCCGAGUACAAAAAUCACCCACUGUACGUCCUCAAACGCCACCUCCUCAAGUUUGAGGCACUUUACCCGCCCGAUGCCCCGACUUUGGGGUUCGUCCGCAACGAAGCAGUCUACUCCAUACAGUGCGUCUACACUUUACAUUCCAGAGACAUCUGGUUGAAGCACGCUAAGGUGGUCAAGCCUGGAGAACAGCCGUACAAAAUCGUCAAAGCCAGGCCUAAAUGGGACAAAUUGUCCAACAAGAUGAUAACCGACCAGUUGUUGGAAGUGUUCGGGCCUUGGCAGGUCCAGGACUAUGAGCCCCCCACUGCCGAAAACGGGGUCGUCCCCAGAAAUGCCUUUGGGAACGUUGAGUUGUUCAAACCUUGCAUGUUGCCGAAGAAAACUGUGCACUUGAAACUUCCGGGUUUGAAUAAGGUCGCUAAGAAAAUGAACAUCGAUUGUGCGCCGGCUCUUGUCGGGUUUGAUUUUCACGGUGGGUGGAAUCACCCGACUUAUGAUGGGUAUAUCGUGUGUGAGGAGUUUGCCGAUGUUCUUACAGCAGCAUGGGAAGUGGAACAAGAUGAGUUGGAGAGAAAGGAGCAAGAAAAAAUCGAUAAGAGGGUUUACGGAAAUUGGAAGAGACUUAUCAGGGGUUUGUUGAUACGUGAACGCCUGAAAGUGAAAUACGAAUUUGGGGAAAGUUCCGGAGGGGCAGGGAAGAAGAAAGGCAAACCUACCCUCAAAGUGAGUAGAAAAAGGAAAGUGGAAAGCGAAUCUGAAUAAUACAGUAUUUGAAUAUUACGGGUUUUGUUACUUUAUACUUUAUUAAAUAUAUGUAUUUUUCUAGUA